UCAAACACUAAAUUUGAAUUUAAAGCUCCAACUGACGUUUGGAGUCCGAUGACACCAAUACAAUCACAGCCGGCGCUGCUGUCAAUCCAACAGCGCAUUUUGAUCCGUUGCCACCGUGAAAGCGUUGUGUUCUCUGGAAAACCGUUCUUUUCGCAAUUCGCUUGUGUCGUGUUUGUGUCGUCCCUACAUGCUGAUAUUGUAAUUCUUCCAUUAGCAGCGUUUUACAAGGUUUGUAUGAAAGCGAUAGCUGUGUUUGUGUGCUUAUUUUUGCAAUACUAUUGUGCAUAUUACGUUAGUCUCGGUCGUUGCAGCACUGUACCGUACGAUGUCUACUACCAACGAGACCGAUCCGAACAAUGAACUUCCGGUGCCAGUUCCAUACAAAAAUCAGUAUGUUCCAUCCUUUCCGUUCGGAAUAGCGGCCAAUAGCAGCAUUAGCAGCACCAAUGCCUUCCAACCGCUGCCAUCCAAUACGGCCAUCAUGUCCCCCAUGUAUGCGGUCUUCGCGCGUCUAAUCUGCGGAGACCAGAAUGUGCUUAUCAUCGGGCACAGAGUGGUCGUUGGACGCGCCCGCCUGAACAAUGCCGUAGAUUUCCAGGUAGCCAGGGAUACGUUGAUUUCGCGGAAACAUUUCAUUCUGCAUUACUCCGAUGGCGUAUUCGCGGUGGAGGUGUUAAGCAAGAACGGGGUUUACCUGGAUAAGCUUUUUCUGCCACAGAGCGACCUGCCGUACAUGGUGCCGAAAAGUUGCGUCUUUAAAUUCCCGAGCACGAGUACGACCGUGUUUUUCGAGAAUCUUGUUGAGAGCGCGGCAAACGAUGGUGUUGUAAUGGUUAUGAACGGGCCUACGGCACCGAGCGCUGAAGCGAUGGAUUUGAGCUGUAAGAUACAGCAUACUGAGGAUGCCAGCGUCAACGAUGUGGUGCCUCAGGAUAAUGCAAUUGGUAGUGAACACGUGAACAAUAAUCCGACUAUCGGCUCCGAUAUAAUGACUCUGAUUGAUAAGCUUUUGCUUGCUGCUAACGUCAAAUCGGAACCACCGGCUAACAAUUCGAAGGAAGUGGAUAUCCCGAACGUCCCAUUGGAUUGUACCGGUAGCGGUUCGCCUAUCAUUUCCGAAGAGCAUCAGCUAGAAGCCCUUCCGGAUGCGUCCGAGAACGAAUCAUCAGCCUCCUACGUGCCGACAGAAUCGAUCGAAAUUGUCAAGCCACCGUACAGCUAUGCGCAGCUGAUCAUUCAAGCCAUCACAGCCUCACCGCAGCAGCAGUGCACGCUGCCGGAAAUCUACGCCUACCUACGAGCAAACUAUCUCUUCUUUCGGCAGCGCCGUCAGGAUGGGUGGCAGAAUUCGAUCCGCCACAAUUUGAGCCUGAAUCGGUACUUCAUCAAGGUGCCGCGCAUGACCGAUGUGGCAGCGAAAGGUUGCUACUGGCGCAUCGAUCCGACCUGCUACGCAUCGCUCAAGAAGAAACGCUUCCAGAAGCGCUUGCAAUGGCGCAUUCGGGCCGCAAAGGCGGAGUGCCGUUCGGCACCAGUGUCUCCGUACACUAGCGACGAUUCGAACGGUGAGCCGGCGCUGCUGCCCGUAUCAGCACCGGCGUCACCGGCGCAAACGAGCAGCACCGCGCAGGACAACGGCUACAAGCAGUAUGUACGCACGUGGCGUAAUUUUGCUAUAAGAGAUAGAGCAUCGGUCGGAAAACGCCUUCAGAUGUAAAUGCGACGGGGAGCAAAUCAUUUGAGGUUUUGAUGGAAUUUGAUUUCUCUGCUACCCAUUUGCAUCAAUUGAAUUCAUUUUCUCUAUUUUUUUAAUUUUUCAUCAAUUAUUUCGUUUGUUUCUGGUUGUAGCAUCGGUGUAAGUUGCUGCUCGUUGCAACAUCGCGUUCCUUCAACAAAACCAAUCUGUUUUUGUGUGCGUUUUUGUCAACUUUAUGUUGAAGAAUAAUAAUUUAAUACAUUGUUUGUAGGAGAUUUCAACAUUUUUUGAAAAAUAAUAAGACAAUUACAUUUACAGCGUUGUUGAAGGUUUUUGUCCAUUAUUAAGCUAAAAAAAAAAUCAUCAAUAUGCUAUUUCCGUGUUCGCAAUAGGUUAUUUACUGUUACAGAUGUUUAAUUAAUGUUACCUUAUUUUUAAUGACAUCUCCUGUAGUUUGAGCUUUGUAAGAGCAGCAUUUGUGUAAUAAGCAAAGAUGCAUUUCAUCAUAGCGCAGAAGAGAAUGUAUGUUAAUUGAAAGCGAAAUUAAAUUAAUUACCACAAACACGACAACACGGCCCCUCGAAGAAGCAAACGCAUCUCUCGGACGGUGAAAUGGACGCUGCCGCAUAUGUUGCAAAGCCACGGUCACGGAGCUUUUCUCACGCCUCUCUCUCUCUCUCUCUCUCUAUCUCUCUCUCUCUCUCUCUCUCUCUCUCUCUCUCUCUCUCUCUCUCUCUCUCUGGUGGGCGGUUAAUCCGUUAACAGCGUAUAAUUUUCAAUUAGGUGCAAUCGAAACCGCCAAUUUUCAAUGAAUUUUAAUUUCGCUUGUUCGUUCGUCGUCGUUCGUCGCUUUGAUUCACAAACGCCCGGAAUCGCGCGAACCGCCUUUGAUUGGGUUUGCCGCGAGGUGUGAAAGAAAAAAGAAAAACAGUGAAAAUGUCCGGACGACGGUCACGGUAGCCCAGAAAACCACAGCUAAUGCAGCAACCCACCCACAUGGCAAUGGGGGUGUGGGUUGGAGAGUGAAACCAUUGCGAGACGAAUUUCAGGCCGCACCCGGCACAAGGCAAGGCUUAAAAUUAAGACUUCACACCAGCCGAUUCCCGGGCGAGGAGGGAUGAAAGCUGAAGCCAACCAACCAAGGUCAUCUUCGGAAGGUGGCUUUUGCGGUUGCGAAUGCUAUUUGUGUGGCUCACCGCAAUGAUUUUUAUGCAAUAAUGCCAUCCACCUUCGGGU